AUGGCGGCUGUUGACUGGCUACGGCAGGAGUCCGCCUUUCAAAGGCCUCCGGCGGCUUCCAUCCCCUCCCCACGCGUUUCCUUCCCUCAAGAAUUUAUCUGCCCACUUUCUAGCGAGGUUAUGCGCGACCCCGUCAUAAUCAGCUCCGGCAAAAGCUUCGAGCGCGUCUACAUCGAGCGCUGGUUCGCGCAAGGAAGGUCCACUUGUCCCAAAACCGGCGAGCCGCUCGCCCACCAGAUGCUCACUCCCAACGAGGCGCUUCAGAAGCUCAUCUCCGAUUGGUGUAAAUCUCACAUGGUCACGCUCAAGCCUCUCCGCCCGUCGAGCCCGCUGACGCCAGCUGCGGAGAAUACGCGCAACCCGUCGAUUCCGCCAUCCCCCGGCGCUUCUGGAGAACAGUUCAAUCUGGCGAAGGCUCGGGCAGCAGCAGCGGCGGCAGCGGAUCGCGCAGCCGCAGGUUCCGCCGAGAGCUCCGCCGCGACCGGCGGCGGAGGCAGCGCGGCGUCGCCAAGAAUAUCCCCGCUGUCGGUUCUCGAGCGGCGCCAUUCCAUGCAAUCCAGUAGUGACGGCAGCUCCGCUGCAGGCGCUUCGACCACGGGCAGCUCAGCAGGCGGUUCAGGUCCUGCCGCGGUAGAGACGCCUAAUAAACUCAACAAUUCCUCCUCUGCUAACGCCUACGUUUCCGCCGGUCCCGCCGCUGCGAACAUGCCGCCAGCUAUUCCUAAGCAUCUUCGGCCAAGUGCGAACGACGGCCCUCUUCAACGGACGAUGUCGCCCCGUAGGAAAGGGGAGCUGUCGCCUGCAACUCCGUGCGACGCUUCUGCGAGCCCGAGGAUGCUGCCUCGGAAUAGCAGCGACCCGUGGCUGUCGUCUGCGGAUGAAGAUGCGAAGAACGACGAAGCGCUCGGGUCGUUCUUGGCUGGAAACACGGGGGGUAACGCGGGAAGGGCGCAGCGUCAGGGGUCGCGUCGCGGAUCCGCGUCGCCGCAGGAGACGGUGCCGUAUUCGAAGCAGUUUCUAAGCGCGACUCCGACGCGACGAAGCCGGCGCACGAGCGAGCAGGGCUCUGUUACUGAGAUGAGACCUUUAAUCGACGCUCUGCGAACGGGCGACGUCGCACAACGUCGUGAGGCGGUUCAUACGCUGAGGAUCGCGCUGAAAGAGGCGCCGGAGAAUCGCACGCGAUUGGUCGCCGCGGGGGGCAUCCGACCGUUGAUGCAGAUGCUGCUGUCAACGGACGGUCCGAUCGUCGAGCAAGCGUCGGCCGCGACACUCUACCUCUCUCUUCAAUGGGACGGCGCCAUGGAAGUCGUCUCCGCCGGCGGCGUUAGGAACCUGGUCGAAGUUUUAAAGACAUCGCGCGGCGGGAUGUGUUUAACUCCGAGGGGUGCUAAUGAUGCAAGCAACGGCUCGUUGAUGAGUCCUAGACCGGACGGAUCGUUCGAGGCGACUGAGGUGGCGAAAUCGAACGCCGCGGCGGCACUCUUCGCGCUAUCGAAUGCGGAGGAAAACAAGAAGGUUGUGUGGUCGGCUGGAGCUGUCCCGCCGCUGAUUAAUCUCCUCCGUAAGGCGACGUGCGCGCGCACCAAGAAGGAUUGCUGCCUUGCGCUUUACAACCUGUCGUUAUUUCCGAAAGCUGCGGAGGACGCAAUUAAACACGGGCUGGUUCGCCAAGUGUUUGCGCUGCUAGAAGGGGAGGACGAGGCGGGAGUGGAGGAAAAAGCGGCGGUGUUGCUUUGCGCGUUAGUUAAGAGUACUUAUGAGAGGGUGGAGAGGAGUUAUGAGAGGCUGGUGAGGAGUUAUGGGGGGCUGGAGAGACGUUUUUAA